AGCUGCAAGGAAGGCGAGACAAGAGAAGAGAGAAAAAAAGACGUCAUGGAGGUCAAGGUCACAGAAGAGGAGGAAGAGGCGAUGUUGACCCAGGCCGCCCUCCGAUGGCUUGACCUCAACGGUGACCUGACCCGCCUGCAAGCUGACCUCCAUGCCCGGGCCGCCACCACACCCACAUCAAAGGUCAUCGCUGCCCCUGUUUAUAUUGACCUUGCUCGCCUCUUUGACCAACACGAACCCCUCGCAAACCUGGUCAUGGAAAAGCCUCUUAAAGCACAGAAAAUCUUCCACCACAUCCUCCAUGUCGCUGCCGUGGCCAUAACCUUGCAGCUACGGGCCACGAGGGAUGCCACAGAGGACCACCGUGCCCCCUCGCCGCACACCCUGCUUCCCCCUGACCCUGCCUACCCUAGCUCUCUCUACCCUGACUAUGAGGUGAAGCGUUUCGACGGCGAGGUGACGAUCGACAAGGAGGAUCUCGACCUUACCUUGCUCUCCUUGGCCUCUCAUCUCCCCCUCGAUUCCUCCGUUGCCUCAGAGGACCCUCACGGUGUGCCCACUUCGGCCCAGCUGUACACGCCUCUCCGGGUGGGUGAGGUGCCGUGGGUGAGGGAGUGGGUGGUGGAGGGUGUCCGGGACCUGCCCCUUCACCUACAGGAGCCGAGACUGUCCCUGGUGGCUGGUCGGGUCCUCUCGAUGUCCCUGCCUUCCACCUUCACGAAGUGGGCUCGGUUCCUCUGCAGCAACCCAGACUGUGUGGGGACGGCCCGAGACCUGCAUGUGAGGGUGUUUGUCAUGGGACGUCCAGAGUCUGCUACUGUCCACAACUGCCCCCCCUGUCGGGUCUGCCGGGCACCACUCUCGGAGGACCCAGCAUCUCGGGAGCUCGGGGAGAGGAUGACGGUGAUGGUCCUCCCCAACGCUCAUGCCCACGCCCUCGCCAGAGACACACCAACCUGCGUCCAGGCUCUACGGGUGGUGCUCAGAGAUGAGAUGCUGCAGGGUGUUGAGCCAGGCCAGCUGAUUGAGGCCACGGUGAUGGUAGCCCCUCAGCAGCACCCGCAGUUCCCAUCCCUGGAGGCUAUGUAUGUCCACCCUCCUGCUCCCCUCAUGCCCCCAUCCACACUGCCCCCGGUCUUCAGGCAGCUGGUGUUGGAUCGUCAGUCAUCCCCGUGGUCCCUGGUGCUCACUCUGGCCUACAUGUUCGCUGCCACUGUCACUCCGGCCGGCACCUUCCACUCACUCAAGGUGGCCCUGCUCCUCUCCCUGGCCUCGUGCUCACCCAAGAAGGCAGGGUUAGCAGUCCUCGCAGUGGGCAGCAACACCACCCUGCUGCUGCGCCUGCUGUGGUGGUGCGCCCGGUACGCCCCCCACGCCAUGGUGCACUCCUCGCUGGACCCCGUGACAGCCGCCUGCACCCGUGAGCCUGACGGUGCGGUGUGGGUGCAGGGCGGUUCGCUGCUCCUGGCUCGGGGUGGAGUGUGUGUCCUUGGGGAGUUUUCCAAGUUCAAGAAGGAUGUGCGGAGGAAGGUGUGCAGAGUGUUAGAGAGUGGCGUGGUACAGGUGGAGAGUAGUGCCCGCCACCACCCCCACACCGGCCCUGCCCUCUGCUACCCUCUGCGUGCUGCCGCCUGGGCCUGCUACGACCCCGCCUGCGCCAAGGUCUCAAAUGCCAUGGAGACCAGCGACAACUUCCUCCAUGUUCCACUGGGUGACCUCACGAAGUCCAUUACAGAUGUGUUUGGGCUGGUGGUGUACACUGAGACACCUGGAGGAGAGUGUGAGAGGGAGGCCGAGGAGGUGAUCACGUUCCACACCCUACUGGCCGCCACCUCUCCCUCAGAGCCACAAGACCCGCUCCUCCCUGAAGACCAGAUGAUCCAGUACCUGAGUGUGGUGCGGGGCAUGGCCGUGGAGUUCAGCCCCGCCGCGGAGAGGCUCAUCCGGGGUUACUACGUGGCCACCCGCCGGCUGAGGGGGGACUGUGUGCAGGUGGGGUCCCUUGUGCCCAUCACUGCCAUCCACACCCUCACCCAGGUAGCCGCCAGCCAUGCCCGCCUGGCCCUGCGUACCACCGUGGAAGGCUGGGACGCUGCGGCUGCUGUGUUGCUGUGUGAGGAGGCCCUGGCGGCACACUCGGGUUACUCCUUGCUUCACAUCACCCCCACGCCGCACCUCUCCCCUAACGCUGAUCUCCAUACUCUUGUCGGCAGGAAGGUAUGAGCGUAAUGACGAGCGCAUGGCAAAGUUUCAGAGGACCCUUGAGGAGUUUGUCAACACCCAUACCGGGGACAUCCCUGGAGCACCCUGAACACACUGAUUUAUCAUUGACUCGUCAAGAAACAAGAAAUGUCAACUCUCCACCUCAGGCUUUGUGUGACUGGUGGAUGACUGGGCUGGGCUGUUAAAGGGAUGGCUACUUUUUUAUGCUUGUGAAUAUAUAUAAUUUCUACUUUUUUUCUAUGAAUCUGACAAGUUUAAUUAUGUGGUUUCUGUCUUGGAAUCUGAUUUGUUUAAUUAUAUUACUGGAUGUGACUUUUUUUAAUGACCUAACCAAUAUCAACUUAUUAAGGACAUAUUCAUAGGAGAAAGUGAGGAAAGAAAUAUGUGAGGAAUUAUAGAAUUACAGAGUAUUGAUAUAAUCGCUGGACACGUUACUUUUGUCCUUCCCCCAUUAUUAUUUUGUCCAAUUUAUACUUUUGAGUUUAAACUUUUUGAGGACUCACGUUAUUGAAUGUUUUUAUUUAUAAGGAUGUACUUCUUGGUAUUGUAUUAGUAUCCAGUUUUCCUUGAUCUGUAUGUGUAUCUAUCUGUCUGUCCACUCCAAUGCUUGUCUGUCCCUUGUUAACUUCCUUGAUAGAGGCGGGUGUUUGGCAGAAAUCUCCAGCUGAUUUUAUCCACACUCCCUCCUUGCUUACCCCAGUCACCUUAACCUGGUACCAGCGACGGGCCAAAUUUUUGCCAUCAUAUAAACCCCCCAAAAUAGAUGAUGUAUAAACUGAUCACAAAUGCAUUGAUAUAUAUUAUGAAAUGGUUUGCGUGAGUGAUGAUUUUUUUUCAUCAUUCUCGCUUAGAGGGGCCUUUAAGAAACAUGAUCCCUGUAGCUACCGGGUUAAAAUAUCUUAUCCUCCCUUCCUCUCCAAUGUAUGUGUGUCCUCCUCAGGCCAAUGCUCUGAAACAUUUGGGGCUCUCUCACACACACACACACACACACACACACACACACACACACACACACACACACAUUUGAUAAGGCUAUUCAGAGGUUGGUGUGGGUAGUUUUAUGAGCCUAGUGAUAGUUUGGCAAGGUUUCUGCACCAUGAAUGUGAAAAAUACUAAUGAGGCCUUGGGAAAUGGUUGUUGUGGGAGCUGAAAGUAUCGGAGCAUAUGGACCUUACUAUUAAAAACCCCUUAUGAUUAGAUUUACAAGGAUAAAAGAAAAAAACUUUCUGACAAUCGUUUAUGGAGCAAGCAUGAGAUGACAGAUCGAGGCAUAAAUUACGUUCAUUCUCACACUUCCAACGGCGAAAAAUCACACCGAAAUAUUAACCUCCAUAAAACCAAAAACGAGAGAAGACAAAAGAAAUACAGCGACGUCAGAAAUGUAUAUGUACAAAUAAAUUUUUCAACCUAUACGUUUCUUUUACCUUACACUUUAUACACUGCCACCGCCACACCACAGGGAUGGGCGCCUCGUCUCUACUCAUCAUUUUCAUAGUCGGCCGGGUUUUUCCUCAUCAACUGGUCAUGUGACGCCUCGACGCCGGAGUAGAUCAUGUAGCCGAUGAUGAAGG